AACAGCUCCACCUGAGGACAGACGAGACAACAGCUCAGCUCAGCGUCACUGCUGCCAACACAGAGAAAGACAUGGCGUCAAUCAAAGCUACAGUGGCGGUGCUCACACUCCUCUCCGCUUGUCUGCUGAUAACAAAUGCAUCUGCAGGGCAUUACGGAUGUUGUCGAAGUUACAUGACAGCCAAAAUACCAUUUCAUAAGAUCAAGGGGUACUCGGUCCAGACCGUCACAGAAACAUGUCAAAUCAAUGCCAUCAUUUUCCACACAAAGAAGGGUAAAGCGUGCGUGAAUCCUGCUCUCAACUGGGUGAUGCAGUACAUCAAUCAUUUGGGAAAUAAAGCCCAAAUGGUUCACAUCAAGACGUCAAAAGCGCAGAACUAGAGUUAUUUCUGCUUUUUGAAAAUGGAUGGUGGAGCCCAAGCUGUUUACCUGCCUGUUAUCCAGUAACCAAUGAUGUUCCACAGUUUAUCAUUCAGUGAACUCCUGGUUGAAGCUAACAAAACUGCUGAUAAUAAUAAAAAAAAAAGUAUUUUAAUACAGGCAUUAGCUCAGUUGUAAGAGCAAUGUAUAAUAUUAUUUUAACAUUUUCAUAUUGUUUGCUAUUGUAAAAUGUUGUAUUUGCACGUUUUUUUUAAUAUAAAAUCAUUAAAGUUGAAAAAACA